GUUGGUGCAACUUUUAGAAAAUAUUGAACUUGCUAGCGGUGAACAGUGUUGACGAUACGGCAGGCUCCGGUUGCCACGCUUGUAGAGGUUAUCCAAUCUGUUUGUGCCUUGAAGGAUCAGAUUCUGCCUUCAACGUAAUUCAACAUGGUUGAUGUAGCACGACAAUUACUUGACGAACUGAUGGGAAGGAACCGUAAUUUAGAUCCUUCGGUUUCAGCAAGGGCUGUGUCAUGGUCUGACGACGAGUUUUGCCCAUAUUUCUUGGUAAAAUUUUGUCCGCACGAUCUUUUUGUUAACACUCGUGCCGAUUUAGGCCAGUGCACAAAACUACAUGACGAUGAAGCGAAACGGAUGUUCGACGACGCAAAGCAUUGUCGCAAAAAAAAUCAAUACGAAGAGGAUUUUUUGCGCUUUUGUACCAACAUGAUUAAUGAAGUGGAUCGCAAAAUAGUGAAAGGUAAGCAAAGACUUUUACUCAUGAAUAGCAAAACGGAAGGAACGAAGUCUGUUCCGAAACAGCAGGAGCAAUUGAAUUCCUUGACUGAAAGGAUCAACAAGUUAGUAUGCGAAGUAGAGGAAGCUGGCACUAGAGGAAAUGUUGAACAAGCACAGAAAUUGAUGGAACAAUGUGAUCAACUAAAAGAAGAAAAAGAAACUUUGUUAAAACAGGGCGAAUCAAAUGGAUGGUCCGUAACUGCAGAAAUCGCGGCAUCACAAGAAAAACAAAUGGAAGUUUGUGAAGUAUGUGGAGCUUUCCUUAUUGUUGGAGAUGCACAGCAAAGGAUUGAUGAUCAUUUAACUGGAAAACAGCAUCUUGGGUAUUCCAAAUUGCGAAAAGCAGUAGAUGAAAUGUAUGAAGCUAGGAGAAAAAAUUCAAUAAAUCUUGAUGAACGUCGUGUAAGAGAUGAUGAUCGACGCAGAAGAGAUAAUACAAAACGAGAAGACCUUAAAACACGUGAACGGGAUGAUCGUCAUAAUAAACGUGAAGACAGGGAUCAUCGUAAUCGUUAUCGUCGUGAUUAUCGAGAUCAUAAAGAUCGCAACGAUCGUCAUGAUAUUCGCCAGCGAGAUCGUCAUAGACGCGACCGUCAUGAUCGAGAUCGGGAUCGCAGCCGCAGCCGUAGCUAUUAGACGUUAGCAAUAUUUCUUCAGCUUAUGUCAAGCAAUUGGCUUUGGAGCACGUGCGUCUGGCUAUGCAAUUCUGUCAACAAUUUCUUUUUGCUGCAUAUGAGGUAUCCCUACUAUGAUUAGAAACAAAAUUUAAAAAAAAAACAUCUAAAUAAGCACAAUGCAGA